AUGUGAAUGGAAAACCAAACCAAUGUGCAUGAGUUUAUACUGAUGGGACUUUCUUAUUACCCGGGCCUUCAAUUUUUCCUCUUCCUGGUGUUUUUAGUUAUUUACCUAGUCACCCUGGUGGGGAACAUGCUGAUCAUGCUGGUGAUAAGGGCUGAUGGUCACCUUCAUACCCCCAUGUAUUUCUUCCUGUCCCAUUUGGCCUUUGUCGACAUCUGCUAUUCCUCGGCCAUCGUCCCUAAGAUGCUGGAGAAUUUCCUAGCAAAGCACAAAACCAUUUCUGUGCGUGGCUGCCUGGCCCAGAUGUUCUUCAUCCUCCUCUCAGCUGGUACUGAAGUUUUCCUCCUCUCCGCAAUGGCGUACGACCGAUACGCUGCCAUCUGUCACCCCUUGCAUUAUGCGGGGACCAUGAACAAACGAGUGAGACGACAGCUGUUGGGUGCUUCUUGGACAAUGGGGCUCUUGUAUUCACUGAUCAACACGCUCCCUGUGUUAACAUUGCACUUCUGUGGGCCCAAUGAAAUCAGGCAUUUCAGCUGUGAGGUCCCGCCAUUGCUGCAACUGUCUUGCACGGCAGCCUUCGCCAAUAAAAUAGCUCUUCUUUCUUCCGCUGUGAUAUUUGGUUUCAGCUCCUUCCUCCUCACCCUGGUCUCCUACAUUCACAUCAUCUCCACCAUCCUCCGCAUACGCUCCACAGAGGGAAGACGGAAGGCCUUCUCCACUUGCAGCUCCCACCUCACGGUGGUGGUGUUAUUGUUCGCGACGGCCCUUUCCCAGUACAUGAAGCCCAGCUCGGUCGUUUCCCCGGUUCUAGAUGAAUUCUUCUCCAUCCAGUACAGCAUCUUGACCCCCAUGUUGAACCCCAUCAUCUACAGCCUGAAAAACAAAGACGUGAAAACAGCUUUGGCAAGAAUACGAGGGAAAAUCCAAGGUUCUCGUGCAAUGUAA